AUGGACAAUUCAGAUGAUGCAGUCAUGGACGAUGUCAGGCACCCAGACCCUCUCGUGAAUGCGCGACUUCAGAGUUUCCCUGUAGGCGGAGACCAACGCCACUUGUUGGGAACCUGGUUGAACGGCCAAAGCGAAGCGGCCCGCUUUUGGUCGGUAGUUGUUCGACAUGCGCAGCUCAUCCUCAAGUCAGUGGACAGAAAGACGGCAUCUGAAGAGGAUCUGAAAAAGGCCUUGCACCCCUUGAACGACUCGAAUGUUCGAACAACUUUCUCUUCUUUCAGCAUGGAGCCCACAAUGUUGACGACACUCUUCGGCAACCCGAAAGACUAUCAUGUGAAGUUGUGUUCAGACCGUUCGCUGGCUCAUCUUCUUCGUCAUCAUGAUCCGGUCGAUAUAUUGAUUGGAACCUUUAUUUUGUGGAAGAUUACUGAUCAUGACGAUGUUUCCAUAUCUCAACUCCAAUGCCAAUUAAUCCCAUCUGUAUUAGUCGCCUGCUCGUCGCGGUUCGCUCCUCACAGCCCGAAAUUCGUGGGAACGCCAUCAAAUGACCGUUGGCAGGGAACACAAGUUAUCGUCCUGACAGAAGCCUCCUCUGGAGUCUGUUCCAUCAGAGGGGACAGCAACAAACAUUUGAGGUGCCCGAAGAACAGCGGUGGGCUGCUCAUUCUUAGGCUCCCAAAGUCCCGUUAUUGGGCGUAG